GGUCUUAGCGGAAGUGAUGCAGUUCACGUCCUCCAUCAGCUAAUCCAAUUUGAUAAUGCGAGAUGUCUGAACUGUGCCGAACUGACGCAGUGAUACGAAGCUGAAACGCAGGCGGAUUUUUGGUCAACUGCAUCGAAAGGUGAGAUGGAUCCGUCCAGGAGGAGUGAAAGCGACUGGCAGGGGCUGCUUAAUGAGUUCCUGGUUUGUAAGCGUAAGCUGGACAGUAAAAAGGAAGCUCUUCUGAUACUGUCUAAGGAGUUGGAUACCUGUCAGCAGGAGAGGGAUCAGUACAAACUGAUGGCCAACCAGCUCCGGGAGCGACACCAAGGGCUCAAAAAGCAGUACAGAGAACUCAUUGAUGGGGAUCUCUCUCUGCCACCGGACAAAAGGAACCAAGUGAAUUUAGCUCAGCUGCUGAGGGACUCCAGAGAACGAAGCAGUCAGCUUUCUGAGGAGAUUAAAGAGCUCAAACAGCGACUGCUGGAAGCUCAGGGUGACAACAAGCUUCUGCGGAUGACCAUCACCAAGCAGAGGCUGGGGGAUGAGGAGGUCGGAGCUCGACAUUUUCCAGCACAUGAGAGAGAAGAUCUUGUGAAACAGCUGGAGCAAGCGAGGGAACAGAACGAGGUGCUGGUGCACAGCGUAAAGUCGCUGACGGACGAGCUCCAGGAUGUGCGAGCCGAGCGGGACGUGUUCCAGCAGAAAGCUCACCGGCUCAACGUUGAAAUGAACCACAUCAUGGGGAACGAUGAGAGCCGAUUCCUGGAUAUAGACGCCCUGUGCAUGGAGAACAGGUACUUGCAUGAGCGACUCAGUCAACUUCAAGAAGAGGUAAACCUGCUUAAAGGAAACUUGGCGAAAUACAAGAGUGCUCUGGAGAGCAGGAAGAACUCUAAAAUGAGCGGCAAACCCAACAGCAGCGCUCUGACUGGCGUUCUUUCUACUAAACAAGUGAAGGAGCUCUUGCUAUCUGAGGAAAACGGCUGCAGUUUGCCAGUGACUCCUCAGUCUAUCUCAGACCUCAAGUCUCUGGCAACGGCUCUGCUGGAAACCAUCCACGAGAAGAACAUGGUCAUCCAGCACCAACGCCAAAUCAACAAGAUUCUUGGAAACCGAGUGGCAGAGCUGGAGAAAAAACUCAAAACUCUUGAGAUUUCUGGAUUGUGGAGUCUUCCAGGCCUGACUUAUAAUGUAUCUCUUGGAGUAUUUGGAAGAGGAAAAGAUGCCAUCAUCUUGAACACACAUUUACCUGAACAAGUCGAAUCACUUGAUCCUCCCCAACAGGAAGGUGUCAGUGUUUCUGCAAGCGUCCCAAACCAAAUCUGUGCAACUCCAGCUGGGUCAGAUUCUCAAGAAGUUGCACAAACAUCUACCAGCCUGGAAACAUCUCAUCUCAACCUUUCAGAGCAGCUGCCAGAGGAAGAACCAGCAAGCCCUGAAGCAGAAGCAGCAAACAACGAAGACUGUCGUAAACACGACAGAUCACAGACGACAACUUGCACUGCUCCAUUAUUGAGUGACUGUGGUCCUGAAGCGGCCUGUCUGUGUGAACCCCACCCACCAUCGAGUCUCAGUCAACGGUCAGAGAGAUCUGAACCAAUCACAGGAGGAGACGAUGAGUCAGAAGAAUGUAACAGGGGGGUUGAAAUGGUCCAAAUAGAGUCUGACGUGAACAAUGAAAUCAAUAACAUUGAUAGGCAGCAGAGGGACAUCCAGUCAGAUCAGGAGGCACAUGUGUGUGACAGUGAUGGUGCACACAGUCUUCCGGGAGAUGCUCUCUUGUCUCGUAGCAUUUAAGAAAAGAUCCUGUGGAUCAAAAUCAGGUUUCUUAACUUGGUCAGCUGUUCUUACUUUGGUGAGAUCUCUGGUGUGUCACUUAUCCCCACCUUUUGCACAUCCUAAUCGCAGGACUGCCGUGCCAUACGUCUGUGUGUGAUUACUUAGCAUCCUGUUUUAAACUGCUGCUAUAACAGCGCCUACUGCUGGCUGUAGGGAUUUUAUUCCCAUCUAUGAAAAACACAUUACAUAAACAUGGAAAAACUAUUUAUAGUAAGACAAAGCACAGAGUGGAUUGUGCUCAAAGUUUUAAGCUACAAAACAGUUGCUCUGAAACUAGUUCACAGUGAAGGAAAGUGCAUGUGGUAAUAUAAAACCCACUGUUUUUAAUCAUGUAGAUAAUUUUGUUAGGAGCACAUAUCCUAUAGAUGCUGUUGUCUCUGAAACUAUUGAAAUAGAAACAGUGCUGACCAACUUUGUUAGCACCCUUUUUAAAUUCACCUUUUAUUGCUGUAAUAUAAUCUCUAAAAUACAUUUGUGUAGGAAAAUUAAAGCAAUUUUAAGAUUUUUUUUAAACUGAAUCACUGGUAGCCUAAUGUUAGCAUUCAUGUUGUCAAUACAUUGCACAACUGCCUUUUUCUAAAAUGGCACACAGUCUUAUACAUCUUUUAGCAAGGUUGGAGUACAGUGAGACGGUUGUUUGACAAUUUGUCUUUGCACAAUUUUUUCAGAUUUUCCACCCCUUAUUUAGCUCACCCAGCUGGUUUUCGAUAUGUUUGUGGACUGCCAUGUCCAUAGCAGAAGACAGAUUUUGUCUGGCUUUGCAGUUCUGUGUUGAUUUGAGCAUGCUUCAGAUCAUCUUUCUAGCAAAGAAUUGUGUUGAAUGUUAUUCCAAUGGGUUCUUAUUGUUAUGUACUCGUAGCAAAGUUUCCACGGCUUUAAAAAAAGAACCAGGUCCACAGCAUCACAGAUCCAUCACUGUGUGAGGUGAGUUUCCACCUCUUCAUUCUUUCAAACUAAACCCACCUGGAUUGUUUUCUACCUAAAAGCUCAAGCUUAUUCUCAAGCUCUUGCAUGUAAUUGUAAUGGAGACUUGGUAACACUCAAAUGCCAUUUUAUUUUUUUUCUCCCCACCAUUGACUUGUUAAAUACAAGUAUGUUAAUUAGUGAAUUAAUGCACUUUUUAAUUUACACUUAUCAGUGUGGCUUUUUAAUUCAUUACCAUGGGUCCCAAUAAAUUUACAUCUUAAUGUAAGCAUUACUUGACCCUGUGCUGUUACAUCAUUUUGCUCAUUUUACAGAAGCACCUUAUUGCACAAUAAAAACAUCAUAACUAA